UAUCUUUGUAUCAUUGAACUUCUGGAUCAGUAAAGAGACUCCAUUUGUUUCAGUUAUACCAACACUACUUAGACAAAUGGACACCCCAUACAGCUUCCCGCUGGGUGUUUACACUUGCCGUGAUUGGUGGCUUCAUGUUGCGGAUUAUGCUGAGGCAAGGCUGGUACAUCGUCUGCUAUGCACUCGGCAUCUACCACCUCAAUCUAUUUCUUGCAUUCCUCACUCCAAAAAUUGACCCAGCCUUUUCACAAGAGGAUGACGAUGGACCGUCGCUGCCUACGAAAGUCAAUGAAGAGUUUCGUCCCUUUAUGCGACGGCUACCCGAGUUUAAAUUUUGGUACAGUGUAACAAAAUCUACAUUAGUUGCCUUCUUCUGUACUUUUUUCCAGCUAUUUAAUGUGCCAGUAUUCUGGCCAAUCCUUGUUAUGUACUUCAUCACCUUAUUCUGCAUCACCAUGAAGAGACAGAUACGGCAUAUGAUCAAGUAUAAAUAUUUACCAUUCUCCUUGGGCAAACCUCGUUACCAAGCUCAGGAAAAUGCAAAGGCCGCUGCCCACUGACCCACCCCUGCUACUGUAACAUCAUUCCUGAGCAAGUGUAACUAACUCUUACCCACCACUCGGUUGCUAAGCAAGGUAAAGAAGAAAAAGCAAAUGGUGUCUUAGUAAAAUUUAAAAAAAUAUAUAUAUAUAUAAAAAAUAAGGAAAAUGAAGAAAAUAAGUCAUGUGGUGUAUUAUUUACACAAGGUGAGCUGCCAUAAUUGGCAAAGUGAAGGUCCAGAUGCGCUUGCUAAUCCCAAAAAAGGAAUUUAUACAUUUUGCCGACUGGGAAGAAAGCUGCUGCUGAUUGCCAAAUCUCCUCCCAAAUACUGUCAGUGCUUUAAAUUUAAAUUGUUUUCCAAAAUAUUUUUUUUAAAUUGAACUUUACUGAAAAGUAUAAUACAUUGUUAUUAUUGAUAGAACUUCAUUUUACCUAUGGCAAGCCAGGAGAAACAUCUAGGGCCAGUGUUGUUAAUUAUUGUAUUCUUAAGUUCAGUUGGUGAGGCUGGACAGAUACUGAAUUUGACUUCUGCAGAGCACAUAAUGAUGGUUGUAGAAAAACACUGUAUUUAGAAAGCUAUUGUUUAAAAAAGAGUGAGUCACAGUACCAUACCUGAAAAGAUUUACUACUAACCCACAAACUGAGACACAAGACGGUUUUGGUCUAUUCUGGCUUAAUAAUGGUUCAAAAGCAACCAAAACCUCUUUUUUUUUUUUUUUUUUUUUUCAUACAAAUUGUGAGUUGUGAACUAUAGUUAUAACUACACUUUUCCAUACCAGUUUAAGUGUUCAUAAACCAAAAAAAUGUAAGCUUUUGAAAACUGUAGCACUGUAAUAAAUAUCACUACCUAAUGACCGUUUCUAAGUAACUGUAAUAUUGUACUGUAAUUUGUCACCACUAAAAAAAAUAACAAACUUCUAAGUACAGCAGAUCAGCAUGAUUAAUGUUUAGUCUAUUUAAUAUCUGAGCAUUAUGAGCUAAUAAUAAGAGUAACUCAGAAAAUGCACUUUACUUUAACUCCAUCUAGUGAUAUUAGCUUUUAAAAAUAGUAUCCCACAUUAUGAAGGCAGCUCAUUUGUUGAAACUGUUUUUGUUUCUCACCUUUUUGGCCCAACAGUAUCAUUAAGAAAUAAAACUAAAUUAUCAAGUUCACUAUAACUAGGAUAACCUGGGAGUAUUAGUAAGUAAAGCCACAACAGUGGAGUUAAUACUCUUAUGAGUCAGGUAUCUAAGCAUCACUUGAACAUGAUACUGUUACUAUUACUUUUGUAUUGUACUAUAGAAAUGUAUACACUAUAUUUUUGUUUUAUAAAUAUGACUACCUUACUGUAAUUUAAAGAUCCUCUCAUGGUGAACCCUAUUUUCAUACAAAAUUCCUAACUUGGGAACCAUACUGUUUCAUUUAUUUUGAACAUAAUGACUUAAUGGUAACAUUUUCCCUUGUACAGUCCCCCUUUGCUUGAUAUGGAUUUAAAGUUGGAAUAGAGCUUUUUUCCAUAUUUAUGUAAACUUCUUAAUGUACUACAGUACGUCAUUUACAUUACCGUGAGCAUCCAAUGAUUGUGUGCUCUUUGUGAAAUUAUUAUUAUGAUUAUUAAAAUUACAAACCCAUUUACACUAGUUAAGUGCAAGAGCUGGUGAAGACUUCACACUCUCGUCUAAUUACAGCCCAUUCUCUGGCCAGCAAGAUUGUUGGCAAUUGCCUCCUAGAAAGCAUUCAUAAAGUAAUCUCUUCUCGCAUAUACAGUACCUUAAGUAACAGCUUUCAUGCUGUAUGAUUUACUUUUUCAUUUUUUAAAUUAAUUUUCCCCCCCUCUAGAAGAUUACAGAUGUACAUUUAAAUGCUAGGUUAAUGAAAAUUUCCACCUCAGCCUAUACUCUAGUAUAUAUAGUAUAUUUUUUAAUCUUAAAAUCUUUUUUUUAUUCUGUUUAGUAUUUGAGUUUGUUGUAUACUAUAGUAUCUUUACAAGAGAGGGAGAGAUAGAACUCAAAAUUUACCUCUAACACUCUUACCCCCCCCCCUUAAAAUGUAAGUUUCCAAAGUGCUUUGAGUAAAAUAUAAAGAUUUGCUUCAUCAGUCAAACCCUUUGUCUUGUUUUGUAUAUGUAUAUAUAAUCCAGUACUUUAUUUAGUAAAAACAUUUAAAUAUUUUUAUUUUUAUACUGCAUUUUAAUGAAGUCCUUGUUCUUGAGAACUAUAUCUGCUAAGUUAAGUAAUUUGUAUAGCAACAGCAACCAGCAUUUGUACCAAGGGAUCUCCAACUUUCGAGUGCCUCCGUUUACUCAUUAAUAGAAUGCCAUAAGCAGUACAUUGUGCCAUCAUCAUUCUGUUGGUUAUACAUUACAGUUUUAUACAAUAUGCACUAAGAAACUGGUUAAAAUUUUACCAUCUCAAAAAAAAUAACAGUCCUAUGUUGGAGGCUGUCAGUACAUCCAGGUUGCAAUGUUCUCCUGUUUACUGUGAUGGGGCACAAAUUUGAGAGGGAAUACUAAAUUUCUGUAAGGUAAUCUUGUCUUAAUACUUCUACAACUGUUAUGAAUGAAGCUACAUUCUAAAUUUCCCCCCAAAAAAUAAAUUAUGGAAUGUGUCAUGUUUAUGGGGAAACGCUGUAAAUUUUUUCUUGGUUGAAAGCUGUCUUGAGUCAAACUAUUAAGCGGAAGGUGGUCAUGGGAGCAAUUUUUGCAUAUAAAGCUACACAGAUCAUUACAAACAGGCAGUUGGAAACUUUAUUAUGAAUAACACACCAUUUUUGAGUGUUAUCAGAUAUAUGGAUUCAGGUAACCCAUUCACUGAUUAAAUUUUUGAUUAUGAAGAGAGUGUAAAAUUACUUGAUGUAUGAAGUAUGUAUUGUCUUUAUUGUGUUGUCAGUGAUGUGCAGUGGUUAAACUGUAAAUAAGUUAUUGAAUGAAUGAGUCAUUCCAGAUUAUAGCAUUGUAAUGAAUGUGACUAGACCUUUUUACUUGGAUCAUGUCUUUGUACAGUCUUGUCAUGAAAUAGAUUAAAUAAUAUUUUGA